UUAAAUUGGUAAUAGUGAGCAAUUUGGUCAGUAUUUCCAAUUUCUUUCUAAAACUUUGAUAUUGUUAAAAGGCCUGUUUAAAUAAACAAAAUAUCACGAAAAAAAUAUCGCAAUUAUACAUAUUUGUAAUUUUACUUCUGAGCUAAACCUAAACCUAACCUCAAUUUAGGAAAAGCCCUAGAAAAUUUCAUUUUUAUUUUGCGAUGUAAUGUAUAAAUAUCUUAUUAUUAGCUACUAUUACAUAUGGGCGUAUUUACAUAAUCGCAAAAGUAAGAUAACAUAGCACUGAAAUGUGUUCCUUGUACAAAAGUACUUAAAGUAGUUAAAAGAUGAUAAUAAAUGUUAUCGUAAGGAAAUUGUAGAAUAGAUUAAUAUUACACAUGGAAAGUAAGUUGAUGAAUACUGAUAUAUAAUAAAUAUACAUAUAUAUACACGAGUCUUUGAACUGGAAUUUUACAGCUACAGUUUACAAUUCGAAGUAAAGGAUAUUAAAUAAUAUUGAACAACUUUAGAAUUACAUAUAACACAUUUAGAAUUACAAUAAAACAAAUUAGAUUAUGUUUGAUACAAUAAACUAUUAUUAUUAUUGUAAAUUGUGAUAUAAGUGACAGUUUUAUAAACAUUUUAUUAAUUAUGUAUGUAUAUGAAACGAAAUACAUUAUUGACAUUAUUUGCUAAAUUAUUAAACUGAAGAAAAUGUUACAACAACGAAAAUCACCACUACUUUUCGAAAUAUUUUACGAAUGUCAAACUACAAAAGCUAGAACUGGUAGGAUGACUCUCAUUCAUCAUCAUGUGGAUACACCAGUAUUUAUGCCAGUAGGUACACAGGGUACUUUAAAAGGCAUAUUACCUCAACAAUUAGAACAAUUGAAUUGUCAAAUUAUACUUGGAAAUACAUAUCAUCUUGGAACAAGACCUGGUCUUAAUAUAAUGCAGAAAGCUGGUGGUUUACAUAACUUUAUGAAUUGGAAAAGAGCAUUAUUAACAGAUUCUGGUGGUUUUCAAAUGGUAUCAUUACUAGAACUUGCUAAAAUUACGGAAGAAGGUGUCAAGUUUAAAUCACCAUAUAAUGGAACAGAUUGCAUGUUGACACCUGAACAUUCUAUACAAAUACAAAACAUAAUAGGAGCAGAUAUAAUUAUGCAACUUGAUGAUGUUGUUAAAACAACAUUAACAGGACCAAGAGUAGAAGAAGCAAUGCAUAGAACAACUAGAUGGUUAGAUAGAUGUUUAAAAGCACAUCAGAGAUCAAAUGGGCAAAGUAUAUUUCCAAUUGUACAAGGAGGUCUUGAUCCUAAACUUAGAUCAGAAUGUGCAAAUCAAUUAAUUAAACGUGAAGUGAAUGGCUAUGCUGUAGGUGGAUUAAGUGGUGGAGAAUCUAAAGAUGAUUUUUGGAGAAUGGUACACCUUACUACAAAUAUACUUCCAAAAACUAAACCACGUUAUUUAAUGGGUGUUGGAUUUGCUAUUGAUUUAGUUAUUUGUUGUGCUUUGGGAAUAGAUAUGUUUGACUGUGUAUUUCCUACAAGAACAGCGAGGUUUGGCUGUGCUUUGGUACGUACUGGUCAAUUAAAUUUAAAACAAGUUCAAUAUCGUAAAGAUAUGAGGCCAAUAGAUGAAUCAUGUGAAUGUAGUACAUGCAAAACAUACACACGUGCUUAUCUUCAUCAUAUUGUAACGGUAGAAACAGUUGCAUGUCAUUUACUAUCUGUUCAUAAUAUUGCAUUCCAAAUGAAAUUGAUGAAAGAUAUUAGACAAAGUAUCCAAGAACAAAGAUUCCCAGAAUUUAUACAGCAAUUCAUGUUAGAUUUGUUUCCGAACAAGGAAUAUCCACCAUGGAUAAUUAAUGCAUUGGAAGCUGUUAAUGUUACAUUAUUAUAGUAAUAAUUAUUAUUUAUUUUCAUAAUAAAAUAUGUCUUAUAUAAUUUUUGAAUGUCCUUUAUAGAAAUAAAUGUUUGAAAAUUUUAUAUAUUUUAUAGUAAUUGAUUUCAACUAUUAAUAAUACUAAGGUAUGUAAAUUAUCUUUUAUAUGAAUAUCUUACAUAAAAUAAGUACUAACAUAUUAAAA